AACAGUUGAGGAGUUUUAUAAAAUUCAGUCUGUCCUCAAGCUGCAAGCAAGUAACAUCAUCAAAAUUGUAUUUAAUUAAGCUAAUAAUAAUUAUUAAUUAAUACAAAUUAAAUCAACUAUUGUGUGUUAUGUGAUAAAAAAAUAUUUAAUUUUGGAUUUAAAAUGACUACUGCAUUAAAUAUGCAGACUUUAAUGGGUUCAUUAUUAUGGCUGUUAUUUGUGGCUGAUGCUAAAACAUCAGUGGUUCCACCACCAUGGGCAAAUCCAUUGAAUAAUCCAUGUGCUGCACAACCAAGAGGUUGGCAAUUGUUAUACUGGCCUCAAGAUGGAAAAUGCUACAAGAUAUUUCAAAUUGGAGCACCAUGCCCAGAGACAAUGGAACUUGGACCAUCAGCAAAAGGAGGUGGAGUUGUUGCUGAAUGUAGAUGUCCACCAGGUACAGCUCAAUCAUCAGAAGAUUCAUUUUGUUAUCGAAUUUUUUCAAAUGCUUCUUGUCCAAAAGGACAAUAUUUUGCACCAAUUGCUGAUGAUUCAAAUGUAUCAGGAUCAAAACGUUUUGGAGAAUGUAAAACACCUGAACCAUGCCCAGAACGUGGUCAAGUAUUUUGGCCACGUGAUAAAAAAUGUUAUUCACGAUUAACACGUGGACCAUGUCCAAAAGGACAAUUAUUAACUUUAAAUAAUGAUAAUUUAACAAUUUGUUCUUGCUCAACCGAAGGUGAAUUAAAUAUGUAUCAUUGGCCAGGUGAAAAUGUUGGUUGUUAUGAACACUACACAAAAGGUCCUUGUACUGAACCUGGUGAAUUAUUUUUACCGGGAGGUACAUGUGGUUGUCAAAAAAAUUUACCGCAUUAUCAUUCAGAUACAAAAAUGUGCUAUCAACUUGGAGAAAUUGGACCAUGUCCAUUGGGACAUCAUUUUACAGUAACGACAAUUGAAAAAGAAAAAGAUGAAGAAAUACAUGGUAAAUGUAUAUGUAAACCAAAUCAUGUAUUAUACAAUGAUGGCUUGUGUUAUAGAUUAUACACACGUGGUCCAUGUAAAUCAGGUGAUUUUUUAAUAAAUUCAACAAGCUGUAUACAAAUACCAUGUAAACGUAGUAGACUUUAUUUUCCACGUGAAAAAACAUGCUAUAGAAUUGGAUCAAAAGGACCAUGUCCAAAUGGACAAGUUGUACUUUAUGAUCAAUCAAAUCGUCCAUCAAUUGAUGGUAUAAGUUACAAUGGCAUAUGUGGUUGUCCAAAUGAACUUAAACUAAUUGGUAAAUGUUAUGAAGAGGAUAAAUCAUGUGAACAUUUACCUGGUAUGUUUUAUAUACAAAAAAAAUGUUAUAAAUUAUAUACACAAGGACCAUGUGGUAAUGGAGAAUGGCUUGUUGCUAAAAGACAACAUAGAAAUGAAGAUAAUUUAGAAUGGAAUUUAAUGAAAACAGAUGACAAAGUACACUGUGAAUGUCGACCAGGGUAUCAAAAAAUAACUGAUGCUAAUAAAGACAAUUCUGAUCUUGAAACAAAUUCAUUGACUGGACUUGGAGAAUGUCAGCCACCAACAGUUAGUCUUGCUAGAUUUUUAAAUGAUAAUAUUAAAAUUUAUAUUUAACUGUGAUUAUUAUUAAACGUAAAAAUAAGUAAGGCUUUAUUUUGCCAGUACAAAUCAAUUGUCUCCCAGAGAAAGAGAGAGAGGCUAUUGAAAAUAAUAUUUAUUUAACAAUUGUCCAAAUAAUUUGUAAAUAAUUGUGACAUGAUAAUAAUGUAAAUAUAUUUAAAUAAAAAAACAUUCAAAA